CACGUGCUGUGGUUCCUGCUGGGGGGAGUUUGUUCUCUCUGCCCCUCGUGGUGAGGUGAGCGCACACCUGAGGUGCAGCCACCGCCUUAUCUCUUAUCUCCAAUCACAGAACUCCCGGAACCGGCUAAACCUCAGCUGCAGUUCCCAGGCCUCGGAAUGAAAACACCGUUCCCGUGGCUGGGUUUUGUUUCUGGGGUGUGCUCGGGUUACUCGUUAUCUAUGGGGGUGCUGCUGCUCACACCACAGCAGGUGACAGCACACAGGACACCUCCCGUGCUGCUGGCUCUGCUGUCCCCAGCCCCUUCCCAGCACCUCCUUUUCUCCCCUCACAGGUGGUCAGCGCUCCAGACACGCCAGGUCCUGGCAGCGGUGGGCACGGGCUGGAAGUCACCUCCCCUGGCAGCCACAGAAACCCAGCGUAGCCUCAGAUCGUUGUACUGAGAAGGAGAACCUCUGCAAGUUUUUCUCAAUGACUCUAUAGCCAACUGAUGUAACAAUGGUACUAAUACUGGGACGCAGACUGAAUAGAGAGGAUAGCGGGAUACGAGAUUCCCCUGCAACCAAGCGGAAAGUUUUUGAAAUGGACCCAAAAUCGCUGUCAGGCCCUGAGUUUUUUGACUUCUCCUCGGGAUCAUCCCACGCAGAAAGCAUUCUCCAGAUCUUCAAUGAAUUCCGAGACAGCCGGCUGUUCACAGAUGUCAUCAUCUGCGUGGAGGGCCGGGAGUUCCCGUGCCACCGCGCCGUCCUCUCGGCCUGCAGCAGCUACUUCAGAGCCAUGUUCUGCAACGACCACAGGGAGAGCAGAGAGAUGCUGGUGGAGAUCAACGGCAUUUUUGCCGAAGCCAUGGAUUGCUUUUUGCAGUACGUGUACACGGGCAAGGUGAAAAUCACGACGGAGAACGUGCAGUAUCUCUUUGAAACGUCGAGUCUGUUCCAGAUCAGCGUUCUGCGCGACGCCUGCGCCAAGUUCCUGGAGGAGCAGCUGGAUCCGUGCAAUUGCCUGGGCAUCCAGCGCUUCGCGGACACGCACUCGCUCAAGACGCUCUUCACCAAGUGCAGGAACUUCGCGCUGCAGACCUUUGAGGACGUGUCCCAGCACGAAGAGUUCCUGGAGCUGGGGAAGGACGAGCUCAUUGAUUACAUUUGCAGCGACGAGCUGGUGAUCAGUAAGGAGGAGAUGGUGUUCGAGGCCGUGAUGCGCUGGGUGUACCGUGCCGUCGAGCUGCGCCGCCCCGUGCUCCACGAGCUCCUGACGCACGUCAGGCUCCCCCUCCUGCACCCCAACUACUUCGUUCAGACUGUGGAAGUGGACCAGCUGAUUCAGAAUUCCCCAGAGUGCUAUCAGCUGCUGCACGAAGCCAGGCGGUACCACAUCCUUGGAAAUGAGAUGAUGUCUCCCAGAACCAGGCCACGCAGAUCAACUGGUUAUUCUGAGGUGAUAGUUGUUGUUGGAGGCUGUGAACGAGUUGGAGGGUUUAAUUUGCCAUACACGGAGUGCUAUGAUCCUGUGACAGGAGAGUGGAAAUCACUGGCUAAACUUCCAGAGUUUACAAAGUCUGAAUAUGCGGUGUGCGCUCUGCGGAAUGAUAUUCUUGUUUCAGGUGGAAGAAUCAAUAGCCGGGAUGUCUGGAUUUAUAACUCUCAACUUAACAUUUGGAUCAGAGUUGCUUCCUUAAAUAAAGGCAGAUGGAGACAUAAAAUGGCUGUUCUUCUGGGUAAAGUGUACGUGGUGGGAGGAUACGAUGGGCAGAACCGCCUGAGCAGUGUGGAGUGCUACGACUCCUUCUCCAACCGCUGGACUGAGGUGGCUCCCCUGAAGGAGGCUGUGAGCUCCCCGGCUGUCACCAGCUGUGUUGGCAAACUCUUCGUCAUCGGGGGUGGCCCUGAUGACAACACCUGUUCUGACAAGGUUCAGUCGUAUGAUCCCGAUACAAAUUCCUGGUUGCUCCGUGCCACCAUCCCCAUUGCCAAGAGAUGCAUCACGGCCGUGUCCCUGAACAACCUGAUCUAUGUUGCUGGUGGGCUCACCAAAGCCAUUUACUGCUAUGAUCCCAUUGAGGACUACUGGAUGCAUGUACAGAAUACAUUCAGCAGACAGGAGAAUUGUGGCAUGUCUGUGUGUAAUGGAAAAAUCUAUAUCCUUGGUGGAAGACGGGAGAAUGGUGAAGCCACAGACACUAUUCUUUGUUAUGACCCUGCAACGGGCAUUAUCACAGGAGUAGCAGCCAUGCCCAGGCCAGUAUCAUAUCAUGGCUGUGUGACCAUUCAUAGAUAUAAUGAAAAAGGCUUUAAACUGUAAUUUAUUUUUUUCUUGAAAAAAGAAGAACGAAUCCAGUGGUCUGCUGCAAGACAGGCUUUUUAAAGAUUCCUGAAGUGGGAAUUUCCUGCCUAAGUGUCGUAUGAAAAUUAUAUCCUGUGCCUUUAGAAAAAGGGUUAAUUUAACUUACCAAACAAGUCUACAAAGCUAUCCAGUAACCAGAGUUCAGUUAUAUCUGCUGUGGGCUCUGAUAUGAGAGCAGGAUGUUGCACAGUAAUCGGAAAGUUUGCCCUAUGUGUGAAUAGUAAUUAAAAUCUUGAAAACUUUUUGGGAAAAGUGCCUUCAGCAUUUGUGCCUGUGUCUUUAAAAGCAAUAUCUUCAAGGUGUUUCUGGUUCUGCUAAUGGGAAAAUUGCAUAGGCAAGUAAAGCCCAAAGAAUCAUCUAGGAUAAUUACUUGUAAUUUAUAAAGCUCAGUUAUAAUCCAUAUGCAUCAUUCUUACAAGCAGAUGAACCAAGUAGAAUUUUUCUGUCAGAUCAUGCAUGGGUUGGAAUGUAAAAAAAAAUACCCACCAAAAAACCAAACUGCCUACAAAACAAGCUACAUUGGACAAAACAAGAAUCUUUGAGGAAUGCUUUCUUCUGAAGGAGAAACUGGUUGUUUGGUGAGCCACUACAACACACUGCAGUGAUGAUUGUGUACCUUAACCCUGUGUAACUUAUUCAUAGUGUUGAUAAAUGUCCAGCAAAGUACAAGGCUACAUGACAUGGAAAACCAGUGGAUUCAGGCAUUCAUCUGUGAGGUAAAGUUUGAAUCCCAGUUUUUACCUUUUUGAAUAGGACAGGUGAAGGCUGAAAGUUACUGGGUUCACUCUUUGCUCACUGCAAUGUCUAAACUAUUUAAGAAAUAAAAGUAUGUUGAACUCUGGGUUCUCCCAGUUUUCUGAAUCACAUUAUAAAUUACCUGAUGAUAGAGGUGGGGACUUGAGUUUGUGCCCUACAGCUUAUAAAUUGGUCUUUUGGGUGUCUCAUCUGCAGAGAUGGCAGAGUAUUCAGUAGGUAUUUCUUGGCCUUUCUUCAGACAAUCACUUACUGUAGCACAGUUAAACUACUGUAUAAGCUGCUUGGCCACAGAAAAAGUUCUGAAAAGGUCCCUCCUUUCACCAGAAAAAUAUCUGUGGACAUGUCCAUGUAGCCAUAUGACGUGUUUUGGAUAAUUUUGGAGCCUAGGAAGCACCUGUAUUUUGAUACACCACCAUUAUUGGGUUGGGGUUUUUUUCAGUAAAGAUAUUUUUUAAGUCCUCCCUAGAUUUCUGUACUGGGGCUCCUUAUUUCCAGUACACAGUUGAGGCACAAAGUUCAUAAAAACUGAAAUAGCACUUGGGAGUUGGAAAAUUAAUGUGAUCGUCCAUGUACCAAUUUCCUGUAAAUCACCAAAACCCUCAGAACUGCCUUUCAAAGGAAUUCUGAGGACAGCAGCCAGUAGGGAAGUUGGUCAGUGCCAGGGCAGAAAAAAAUCCCAUAAAACUCCUGCAGAGCCAAGCCCUGGCCUCAGGGUUCUGGUCUAUGUGCUUGCUCAGGAGGGUGAAAACAAGCACCAUCUCUGGAACAUUGUUUGUUCCACUGGACUUUCUUCAUCUGUUUUCCCAGAGUAUUUCUUCAUGAGAUGGAAAUUCUGACCCUCAGUGAAGUUAUGCCAGACUGGGAGUCACCAUUUUCAGUAACAUGAGUUUUAAAGAGCACUGGGAGCUGCACUUUGAGAUGCAUUAACUUGUAACCUCAGGAAAGGACACAGAUUCCAGUUUCUGGCUGAAUACCAAACACUGCUUUGGAUACAGUAAGAAUACUGAUAAAAUAUAAAUCACUGCAUAUCAGUGAUGUGAUCAGGAGGUCAGUCUCUGAGCAUGUACGUUCACAUUGCCCUAGAAAGAAAAUCCCUCGGUAAUAUAAGACAAAUGAAUCCAAUAAAUUAAUCCUUUUCUAAGUUUCAUGUGUUUCUGCUCACCAAGUUUUACUUUGAAAUGGCAAUUUCAGUCCCUGUGAAUAAGGUCUGUUGAUUGCAAUGGUAAUUGCCCUGUAACUGAUUUUGUGUACUAACUGUAUAUAUAGCUUGUGCCAUCAUUGUAAAUGAAGAUGUCAAAAACUAUUAGGAGCACUUCAUUAGAGAUGCAAUUUGAAAAAUAUAAUUUCCUUUGAUUUCCUCUUGUUUGUAUUCAGACUUGUAAUGCUGUUACGCUAUACUGUUUUUAAACAGUGCUUAUUCUGUAGAACAGUGUCAUUUAAUCUCUGUUUAUAAUACUGCACCAGUCUGUAAAUAACAAGAUACUGCUUUCCAUGGUUUUGAAGAUUCAUUUUAUAGUUUAGUUGUCUUAAAAAUGUAUGUACUGUUACCUAUUUUUGAAAAUGACAGUGUUUAAUGCACCAGUAAAUGCAGAAAUGUAGAUGCAGAAAACUGCUUACAGUUCUUGAGAACCUGUAUCAAAGCUGAACAGUUACAGGUGUGGAGCACUGCUAAAUGGCAGUUACUUAUGCAAUGAUUUCUUUAAAACAAGCAGUGAAGUUUUCUUCUUGCUUGUUUACUGUGUAAAUAAUUCACACUUAAGGCCUGCUCUGUUACGUCAAUUACUUUUAGGUGUACUAGAAAAGAAUAAUUUGACAUUGAUUUAAUGAAAAUGUACCUUUUUUUCUAGAAGGAUGCAUUAAUUUGGAAGUUGUAUUCCUGAGCCACUUGUUCUCCAAUGCAUUUCACUUAGGUAUAGAUGGAUUCAAAGAUUUAACCUCUCACUCAUAUCUAGAUGCUUGCGGUUUAUGGGCUUGAGCAGCACAUUGGUUUUGGUUUUUUCCUUUGUCUCAGCUAGGAGAGAAAAUUACUAAUUUCAUCUACUAUAAUCAAAAUAUUUCCAUCAUAAAUGAUAGUAGGUUUGGUAACUCUAGAGCACCUGCAGAAAGAAGUAACUUCAGUCCAACCAUACAUAUGAUGGCUUAAGCAUUUCCAAGUCACAGCUGAAAAAUAAAUUCUAAGAAUUGUCUUCACUCUGCUAAACAAAUGAGUAGAUAUUUUUCUUCUCUCUUUUGAUGUUCACUUCUGUUCUUAGCAAUGAGAUAUCAGUUGAAAAGACAGUUGAUGCUUCCUUGCAGCCAGGCUUCUGGAAGGUUCUGAAUCAUUUACUGAUCACAUGCAGCCUCUAGCCCUUGGCUUGUGGCUGAAGCAUUCCCCUUUUACAGCUGUCAGCCACAGAGCAUUGCAUGGUAAUCAUGUAGUGGUACCUGUAGACUGCCUCCUUGGGAGUAGUUAAGUAGACAUAGUUGGUGAAAUCUCUUCCAUGUUAUACUGUGUCUGGUAUGCAUUUGGGGGGAUUGGCACUAUGCUUUCCCCUCCAGCACCAAGGGGUCCAGAUUGUACUGUUAUUUUUGUUAUUGGCAUCAAUGCAGUUCUCAUCAAAGAUAGCUUGUUUGUACUCUGUUGAAGCAGGGAUAUUAGUACAGAUUAUGUUGAUAUGGACCCUAAUUUACUGAAGCUUUUUAAAUAGCAUUUUUAAUAUGGCAAAGUUUUGAGAGAGGCUGGUGAUGGAGGAAGAGGAAAUGCUCAUGUGGACAGAGAUUCAGAGGAAGCUGUGGUCGCCUGUGCUUGAGAGCAAGGACGCUAUUGCCUGUUCAGUUUCUUCCUCAAAGCAGUUGGGUUCACCUCAUUAUCUUAGGCAAACACUUUGUUUGUCCUGUUUUUCUGUGACUUGCUGCAAGGACAGAACAAGAAGCGGGCCUGUGACUUGAUGUUUCCCUCGCCUGAGGCACAGGGAAGGUGCUGGUCAGUAGAGCCCGAGCUGAGAGAACUCCAGAGAGCAGAGGCAGGAGAAAUGCAUUGGAGCAUCCAGGCUCAGAGAUGGCAGGAGCAGACCUCAUGUGUUUGGGGGUUGUAGUUUGGCUGGGCUUGCUGAAACCAAGGUGUUCAGGAUGCUCAUAAUUUUGCAAUCCCAGAUGCUGAAACUCAGGUGGUAAGAAUGUUUCACAUUUGUGAAUUCACUGAACUCAGCUGGAGCAAUUAAGAUGUAGCUAUGCUCAUAGUCUGCUAGUGGCAAUGCUCAGGAAAGCCAGGAGUUCAUUUAUCUGAAUUGCCCAGAUAGGCAAGUAGCUGUGGGGUUCUUUUUACCACUGAAGAUGGCAAAACCCAAUUCAAGAGCAUUAAGAAUCUCACAAGACUUGAUCACUGUGUGGCACAACGAAUAUUUUCACCUGAAUGUAGUUCUCAUGUACACAAGAAAUUACUAAUGAAAUGAUUUGUUGUGCCUGGUUAAAAAAAAUCUGAGCAGCAUAUACUCAGAAAAGGAGCGUGGAUGGUAAGAUGAAAUUUUUAAGCAGAAACCCGCUAUCUGGUUGGGGGCCAAACAGUGCUUUGGGUUUUGUAAAGUAUGUUUAGCACACCAGUUUCCUCAGCAUGGAAUCAUUUCAAAUGGCAUUAAUUAAAAUGGAUCACAGUUGUGUCAGUGCUGUGAGCAUUGCCACAAAGCAGCAGCCUCCCACCAAGCCCAAACCAGCUGUGACUCUGUGUUCUCUGCUCGCUGCCUUUGUGUCACACAAGUUCAUGAUAAUGCUACUGUCUAAGAAAUGUAAGCUAUUUGCAGGAAUAUUUCUUUUUUUCUACUGUAGAGAUCCAGUCUAUGCUGACAUUUUAUGUAUGCACAUCUGUAUGUGAAUUAUUUUGUGGUCAUUCUCUGAUAGUGCUGUUACAAGUGAUUCACAUAAAGGCCCUGUGUACAACUUGUCAAUAGUGUAAAUAGGGCUUAGUUUUUAUGAUUAGCUCCAAAGAAAAUAAUGUGCAUCAAUUUUGAAAAUACCUGUGCCUUGAAUUCAUCUAUAUUUUUAUCUGUUGUGAAAAAGAGCUUGGAUUACUCCUUCCAGUUUGUUACCUUUAUUAUGAUUGGUCUGACUGUCCAGACUGUUAACGUCCUCCUAGGAGAAAUAAAUCUUGCCAUUCAUUAAUCUGAACAGUUAAACUUCUUGUUUAGUACAUGCCUAGAAUGCUUCCAUUAUUACAGUAGUAUGGCAGAUUUAAUCUAGGGAAAUAAGUAUUUGUAUUUCUCUGGUUUUCUGUUUCCAGCAUGCCUCAGUGACAAAGGACUGAGUUUAGUCUUUGACUUCCUGUCCUUAAUAUGUAAUUUCUUGUAUUAGUAGCCUCUGUGAUAUUUCUGAACUCUCUGAAGUCAUCAACCUCUUGUUCAAGAUACAAAAUAUGAAGCAAUAAGGUGGUGCAGCAUGGCAAUAAGCAAAUCAAGAGACUUGAAUGUAAUGUACUGUUAAUUUCAUCUGUGUAAAUGCUGGACCUAUGAGUCAUUCCCCUUUUGGUGCACCUCUAGCCUUUGGAAUUGGUUUAAUAGGAACUACUUGGCCAUGGGAGAGUUUACCUCCUGAACUGUUACUCAUAUGAUAUUUUUGCCUGAAAUCAUAUUUUGAUUUUCCUUUUUUUUUAUUUUUUUGCGGAGGAAAACAGCAAGUAUUGUUAUUCCUUGCCAGUUCCUUUAUUUACUGAAACAUAGAAGCUGUAGUUCCACGGAGAGCUGAUCUUGCCCUCAAGAACAGCCUGGUGCAGCACAAAUGACAUUUGAACAGGAAAGCUCAGACCACUUACUGUGUGCCAGAGUCAAUGUAAUGGAUCUCACAUAUAACAUUAAGGUCUUCAGAUUGUGCUGACAGUAGAAAAGUGAUUUUGUAAUGUAGCACAAUUGCAGUAACACCUGUUAUAUUUAAAUAUACUUCUUGCAUAAUUCUUUGAAAGUUUUUUAAAGUUCAGUGUAUCUAAUAAAUAUUUGCCUUUUGAAUAGUUGACUUUUUUUGGGGUUUUUUUUUAGUUCAUGAGAAGUUCCAGGGUGGGGAUUGAUGGUGGUAGGAGGAGGAAACUCCCUCCUGGU